AGUAGAGAGAGAGCAUUUUGUCAUGUUUCAUAAAAAGCUCCGCUAAGAAAUUACAAAAAUUCAUAAAAGCUAGAAAAGAGUGUUUAUAUUAUAUUAUACUCAUUCUUAUUCUUUCUUCGUUGUUGUUGGUGCAAAAAUUCAAAGAACACAGUCUUCGUUUUCUAGGGUUUUUGCUUCUCAAUGGCCGCUUCUUCUCUACUCAGAUCUGCGAUCGUUUCUUCACAUCACUCCUCCGAUCGCUUUCAGGUACUUCGCAAUGCCUCAAGUAUUAAUUCAAAAUCUACGAUGUUGCAAAAGAGCAUAUUCGGAACUUCAUUUCCAUGUGAUCCAUUAGUCUUACAGAACAGCAAUACCCGGAGCAUUCAGCCUAUCAGCGCUACAGCUACGGAAAUCCCUCUCCCUGUACAAAAAUCCAGCAGCACGGGGAAGACAAGAGUUGGAAUAAAUGGUUUUGGUAGAAUUGGAAGGUUGGUGUUACGUGUAGCUACUUCACGGGAUGAUAUUGAUGUUGUUGCAAUUAAUGAUCCUUUUAUUGAUGCUAAAUAUAUGGCUUAUAUGUUCAAGUAUGAUUCUACUCAUGGACCAUUCAAGGGAACUAUUAAGGUUUUGGAUGACACAACUUUGGAAAUUAAUGGGAAGCAGGUUAAAGUUGUAAGCAAGAGAGAUCCUGCGGAGAUCCCUUGGGGUGAUUUCGGUGCUGACUAUGUCAUAGAGUCUUCGGGAGUAUUUACAACAUUAGAGAAAGCUUCAUCACAUUUGAAGGCUGGUGCCAAGAAAAUUAUAAUAUCAGCUCCAUCUGCUGAUGCACCAAUGUUUGUGGUAGGAGUGAACGAGAAGACAUACAAGUCCAACAUGGACAUUGUUUCUAAUGCAAGCUGUACAACGAAUUGUCUUGCUCCUCUUGCCAAGGUGGUUCAUGAGGAGUUUGGUAUAAUUGAGGGUUUGAUGACAACUGUGCAUGCAACAACAGCAACACAAAAGACUGUAGAUGGUCCUUCAAUGAAGGAUUGGAGAGGGGGAAGAGGUGCAGCUCAAAAUAUAAUUCCAAGUUCUACUGGUGCUGCAAAGGCUGUUGGAAAAGUUCUUCCCGAGCUAAAUGGAAAACUCACUGGAAUGGCCUUUCGUGUUCCUACUCCUAAUGUUUCUGUCGUGGACUUAACCUGUCGGCUUCAAAAGAAUGCCUCCUAUGAAGAUGUUAAAGCAGCAAUAAAGCACGCUUCAGAGGGACAAUUGAAGGGAAUUCUUGGAUACACAGAUGAAGAUGUUGUCUCUAAUGACUUUGUUGGUGAUUCAAGGUCGAGUAUCUUUGAUGCUAAGGCUGGGAUUGGGCUUAGUAAGUCCUUUGUGAAGCUGGUCUCGUGGUAUGACAAUGAGUGGGGUUAUAGCAACCGAGUGUUGGACCUUGUAGGGCACAUGGCAUUGGUGGGAGCCCACAAUUGAACACCAAUAGCGUCUCUUACUGUUGGUGUUGCAAUUCUGAUAUUUCCUUUAGGUUAAAAAUUAGUAGCUGCUUAGGUUCUCAGAUUUUGAUUUUUGAUAUUCAUAAGAUUGCAGACAUAUCUGAUGCCCCUCCAACAGAGGAAGAAAUAGAUGACCAUAUCGUAUGCAUUGAGAAUAUAAUAAAGAGGAAUUGUCCUGGUUACCUGUUU